AUGUCGUCGUCGAUCCAUACGUGCUCUACUGUGAAGUACUACUACUCAAGAAACAAGAGAGUACUGAGGGAUAUAAAAGCACAGCCUACAGCGUACACAUACGGGUGGUCGUGUCCAUUGUCUUUGAAACUCAAGUGCAGUUGUGGUGUGGGAAGUGAGAGAAGUUGUGGUGGUAAGCAAGGUUUUGGUGAUGAAGAAGAUUUCCUGAAGGCUGGUGGAUCCGAGCUCUUGUUUGUUCAAAUGCAGCAGAAUAAGGCCAUGGAUAACCAGUCCAAACUCGCUGAUAAGUUGCCUCAAAUAUCGAGUGGAGAUAGUAUGCUGGAUCUGGUGGUAAUUGGUUGUGGCCCUGCUGGUCUUGCUCUUGCACCCGAGUCGGCCAAACUAGGCUUAAAUGUUGGACUUAUUGGACCAGAUCUUCCUUUUACAAACAACUACGGCGUGUGGGAGGAUGAAUUUAAAGAUCUUGGGCUUGAAAGGUGUAUUGAGCAUGUUUGGCCAGACACCAUUGUAUAUAUUGACGAAGGAGAUCUCGUUCGGCUUGGUCGUGCAUAUGGACGAGUUAGUCGUCAUUUGCUCCAUGAGGAGUUGCUGAUAAGGCUUGCCACUGUUGCAUCUGGAGCAGCAUCAGGGAAACUCUUGCAGUAUGAUCGAGGGGGUCCAAUGGUUCUUGCCCAAACAUCAUAUGGUGUCGAGGCCGAGGAAGGAGCAAGCUACAUGAAGCAAAAAGGUCAAUGUUUAGAAGAACAAUAUCCAACAUUUCUCUAUGCCAUGCCCAUAUCCCCUACUCGAGUUUUCUUUGAGGAAACUUGUUUGGCUUCAGAAGAUGUCUUGCCUUUUGAUCUACUGAAGAAAAAACUAAUGUCAAGGGAUUAUAUUCCAGUUGGUGGAUCCUUACCAAUAGAGCAGAAGAACCUUGCAUUUGGUGCUGCUGCUAGCAUGGUGCAUCCUACAACAGGCUACUCUAUAGUAAGAUCAUUGUCAGAGGCUCCAAAAUAUGCUUCUGUAAUUGCAAAUAUUAUCAAAGAUGGCCACUCUAGGGACAUGCUCAGUAGUGCAAGAAGCACAGGAUACAUCUCAAUGAAAGGAUGUGGCAGGGAUUUCUUGGCCUCUACUCUCUCCUCAACAGACCUCAUGUUAUUAGCCUUGUACAUGUUUGUCAUAGCACCCAAUGACCUGAGAAUGUGCCUGAUAAGGCAUCUUCUUUCUGAUCCUACAGGAGCAACAAUGCUAAGAACAUAUCUCACAAUAUAG